AUUUUGACGCCUUUUAUUGAUAAAUAUUAUUUAUUUUUGAUAUUUUUAUUUUAAUAAUACAAAAUGUCAUCAGAAGUAUCAGAAGAAGAACAGGAAACUGAAGUUAUAUAUGAAUUGGCUAUUGAAGAGAGUUCGGAGGAACCGCCUAUGGAAGAAUGGUCAUCACUUAUAAUAGAAGUACCAGAAGAGAAUCCUAAACGGGUUUUAUACGAGCAAGGACUAUAUAGCCCUGGCAGUGGAGAAGUUUGCAAUAAAUAUGUGUCUAUGUCAAGAAGCUCAAUUCUUAUUCAUCCUUACUUCAAUUACCCUGCGGUUCUAGAUCCUGGUAUCAGGACGGCUUUACUUGAUCCAGAAGAAAAAGUUAUAUAUGCCGAUGAUGGUCAGCAGUUAUAUUUAACACUCUGUAAUGAAAUGAAUCAAAGUCCUGUUAUGACAUUUUAUAAAGAUUUACUCAAUGAAUGUAUAGAUUUAAAAUAUUACUGCGUCAAUCCUUUCGGAGUACGACCGAUGUCCUUAGCUCUGCAGUAUAAUAAGAAUGUGACAAGUUUUAAUUUAACUGAUAAUUUCUUAAAUGAUGAUGCGUGCUUUCAUUUGGGCGAAAUGCUUAUAAGUAAUUCAAUUUUGAAAGAAUUAAAUCUCACAGGUUGUAGGAUUGGUGCAACAGGCGCUAAGCAAUUAUUUGCAGGAUUACAUCUUAAUAGAGGUUUACAAAUUUUGAAUAUCAAUAAAAAUCGUAUAGGAGACAUUGGCUUAGAGUAUCUUGCGGCUUCAAUUAUUCGUGGAAUUAGCGUAAAAGAAUUAUUAAUAAAUUACAACAACAUUAGCGGUAAAUCUGCAAAUGUUUUAGCGGAGGCAUUAGAAACACACAAUAAGUUCACACAUCUUGAUCUCUCUUGGAAUAAUCUCUUCGCUCCAGUUCUAGGGACAAUUAAUUUACUCACUCGACUAUCUGAAAAUAAACUUUUACAGGAAUUGAAUUUAUCUUGGAAUUCCCUGUCAGGUGGGCGCAUUGGAACUGCUCUAAAUAUGAUCUCAAGAGCUUCAAACCUUCGAGUCUUCAAUCUUAGUAAUAAUAGACUCACAGGAGAAGGUAUACAAAAUGCCAUAGCAAAUAUAGGGAGAGCAAAAAAAUUAGUAACAUUAAAUCUAUCAUACAAUCCUUUAACUCCAGAGGACGCUAUAAUUAUGCUUAAUAAAAUGAAGUUGAAUAGUGUCAAAAUCCAAAAUCUUUUAAUGGAUAAUGUGUUUGUUGAUGGUCACUUUUUAAUGUUAUUGAAAUUAAUUAAGGAAAACAAAACCAAAAAAAAUGUUGUUAUUACAUAUGGAGGCGUUAUCGGCGGAUUUCGUCCCAUAGGACCAGAUAUGAGAGAUUUAGUAUUAAACAGAGUUGAGUUUUUAACAACGAAAGGUAAAAAAAGAAAGGUAGAUAUAGCUUUAGUAGCGAUGCAAAUGCUGAAGGACAAAAUAGCAGUUAUGACUGCGAAAAAUUUUGCUGAUAUUAUCGCCGAAACGGGAGCUAAUCUUGACGAUAAUCUAGUCGAUGAAAUUAUAAAUGCAUUUCCGGGACCAAAAAGUGCCAAAAGUAAGACCAUUAGUAUAAAGUUAUUAGUGGAUUACAUACAACGAAAAUGGCCAGAUCGCAAACUUCCACCUACACCACCACCAGAACCCGAGCCUGAAUCGCCUAUUCCUGAACCCACUCCCGAAAUAACUGAAAAUAAAGGAAAGGAAAAAUGAAAAAAAUAAAAACUUCUGAAUUUAUAUUUUAAUAACUUUACAAUUUAUUUAUUUUGAGUAUUUUUUUGAUUAUUUAGAUUUGUAUU